UUAUAAAAGAAAUGUGAUUUUAUAUACUAUUGAUGGAAGCUACGAAUGACUUUAUAAAAAAAACACGCCAUUUUUCGUCAAUUUUUUAUAUAUUUCUGACAGUUACUCGCGAAAUUAUAAGUGCGGAUGGAAAUAUGACCUACAAAUGUUGAAACGGGGUAAAGAUCGCCGUAAUUGGGGAUGUGAAAUGUCGCCUAGAAGUAAUGUUAUUAAUGAAAACGUUUUAUUUUAUAUAUUUAAUAUUAUUUUGCUUUAUUUUACAAAACAGUAGUAAUCAGACAGAAGAUAAAGUAAAUUAUCCAGUAACCAAUUCCAUUCGACAUGAAAGGAAAAUAAGAAACAUGACGGAUCACAUCUUAAAGAAAACAUCCGUUUGUCAUAGAAAAGUUAAACAAUGCAGAAAGCAUUCUUCGGAUAUUCGUUUAAUAAUCGUAGGAGACGAUCAGUUGCAAUUUUUAGAUGGAAAAAUUCAAAGAGGAAAAUGUAAAGUAACCGUCGAAUCUAUUAAAGGAUUAACGAUAUCUGCCGCAGAAAAAAGACUAUAUGAAAUAACUUCAAAGAUCAAUAGAAACGAUAUUAUGAUAGUGCAUUGUGGUUCUAAUGAUAUAAUACCCGAAUUAAAUAAAUCUGCAGCUUUAGUUAGCCAAAAAUUAAAACAACUAAUCGAUCGUUUUAGAAGAAGAGAAGAAAUUCGUAUGGUCAUUUCUAGUAUCUUACCUAAUUACGAAGAUUUCAGUAACUUUAAUCGAGUGAUCAGGGUUAUUAAUACUGUAGUUAAGCAACACGCUUUAAAUGUGGGCAUAGACUAUGUCGAUCAUACUCAAUACUUUUGGAAAGAUGGAAAAAUAAAAGAGGAUCUGUAUAAUUUUGAUGGAUCCCUAAAUGAAGAUGGAAAAAGAAUUUUCGAGGAUAAUCUAUUAGAUAAUGAAAUCUGUGAAAGAAAAGAACUUCGUUUGAAUUCGCCAAUUAUAAAUGGAUAUGAGAGUAGAGCAGCUUUAGAACUGAAGGAUAUUCUUCCUCUGGAUAGAAAAAUGUACGAUAAAUUCUUACCGCCGAAACAAAAUGGUCAUCCUACUGUAGUUGACUUUCAUGUAACUGUAUUGAGCGUAGAUUCAAUCGACGAAGAAUCAAUGACGUAUGUGACAGACAUAUUUUUAGCUCAAAGCUGGAAAGACUAUCGCCUUCGUUUACCAGAAAAUAUGACUGAAGAUUAUAGGAUCCUGAAUGUUGAAUGGCUGAAAUAUAUUUGGAGACCCGAUAGUUUCUUUAAGAAUGCCAAGAAAGUUACAUUUCAUGAUAUGACUAUUCCAAAUCACUAUCUGUGGUUAUAUCACGACAAAUCGCUUUUAUAUAUGGCAAAAUUAACACUAGAAUUGUCUUGUGCUAUGAAGUUCGAAGCUUAUCCUCACGAUACUCAAAGCUGUUCUAUGAUGAUAGAAAGUUUAUCGCAUACAACAGACGAUCUUAUUUUUCGUUGGAACGAAUCAUCGCCUUUAGUUGUUAACACAGAAAUCGAAUUACCACAAUUGGAUAUUGUGCACAAUACUACUGAAUAUUGCACAUUACAAUAUUCUACAGGAAAUUUUACUUGUUUGGCUGUUGUAUUUAAUUUAAAACGUCGUCUAGGUUAUCAUUUAUUUCACACUUAUGUCCCUACCACAUUGAUCGUUUCUAUGUCGUGGAUUUCUUUCUGGAUUCGUCCGGAAGCAAUACCAGCUCGUGUGACUCUAGGAGUGACUAGUCUCUUAACUUUAGCUACACAGAAUACUCAAUCUCAAUCCAGUUUGCCUCCUGUUUCUUAUAUUAAAGCCAUAGAUGUGUGGAUGUCAUCGUGUACAGUUUUUGUAUUCAUGUCUUUAAUGGAAUUCGCUUUGGUUAAUUAUUUUAUGGGAUACACUGGAGCUAAUCAGAUGAUGAGGGGAUAUUCAACAGAAGACAUGGAAGAAAAGAUUUUGAGAAGAUUAAGUGGAGAAUAUAAGAGGCGUUUAUCAACUCCUCCUCCUCCAAGAAUUCAAAGAACUUGUUGUGGAGAUUUAGAUGUUGCUUUGGCAAUCGAUCAUUUUUCACGUUAUUUCUUUCCAUUGUCCUUCGCGAUAUUAAAUAUAGUCUAUUGGUUCACUUAUGCUUAUCCUUGGUAAUUGUAACUCGAGUUAUAAUGUAAUAUUUCUAUGAUUUUCAAACAUUCAGCAUCCUUAAACUCUUCUUACUAAAUCUGAUUUUUACAAAUCUUACAAAUAAAAACAAAAUAAAUGUAGAAAAACUAUUGAAUUCAUAA